UGCGGUGUCUAAUUUCGUAAUAAACAAAGGGAUUAAAAUUUUAUAAUUGACGAUAACAUGGAUGUAUAAAUUGAUGAAGAAAUUGGUUGUUACAUUUAAUUGUGGUAACGAACGUUUUAAAUAUGGCGGCCAAAUUGUUGUUAGUGCUUAUUGCUGCAGCGGCAGUUUCCAACGCAUCAGGAUCCAGUCGUAUAAUAGGUGGUUCCGACACGGCCAUCGAGAAUUACCCAGCAGUAGUCCAAGUGGAGUUCCGUACCAUUUUCACCUGGACCCAGCAGUGUGCUGGUAGCAUCCUCAACUCAGUUUACAUCUUGUCUGCUGCCCAUUGCUUCUCAGGAAGUCUGUACUCGGACCGCGACCGCCGCAUCAGAGCUGGCACUGCUAACCGUCACACCGGCGGAUCCGUCGUCGAGAUCUCACACGCCAUCAACCACCCUGACUUCAACAGUAGGAAUCUGGACUCUGACAUCACCGUCGUCCGCCUGUCUUCCCAGCUGAUAUUUGGUACCACGAUCCAGCAGGCUGUCAUCAUCGGCAGCGGGUUCGAUUUCCCCGGCAACAUUCCUGUGACUUACGUCGGCUGGGGUCUCACUUCGACAACCGGAUCAGCAUCCCACGCUGAUGUCCUCCAAGAAGUCGAAGUCCAAAGCGUCGACCGGUCAUUCUGCGCCCAACGCUACCAAUCCUUACAAUCUCCUCGAGACAUCACUAGCAACAUGAUCUGCGCAGGAGUCCUCAACGAAGGAGGUCGGGACGCGUGUAAAGACGAUGCUGGAGGCCCUCUGUUCUACCAGAAUAUUCAGAUCGGAAUCAUCUCUUGGGGACAAGGAUGUGCUUUACCUGAUUUCCCAGGGGUCAGCACUGAUGUCGCCUCUUUCACUGAUUGGAUCAUUGCCACGGCUACGUAAUUUUGUUUCUGCCUAUGAAAAAUCAUGCCUCCUUCCUGGAGGUGUAGACGGAGACAUCAUUCCACUUGCCACGAUCCCUGCAUACUUCUUUCGCUUUAUCUACAUUCAUAACUCUAUUGAUGCAAACUCGUCGAUUUUGGGUACUCUUGAAAGGACGACCCUGAUUUGAUCAAGGUACCUACGUUCCUCUAGACCUUUGAUUUUGUUUAUAUAUUUAUUAUUUUUAUAGCAAUAAUUUCAUUUGGCAGAUAUCUCAUUCUUAAAAUACUUAAAAUUUUUAAGUUAAUAGUGUUAAAAGACCAGUAUUACACUUCUAAUACGGUCUUAUGACAUGACAAGCAAUAUGAUCAGCUGAGGUAUCCUUGCCCAAUAUCUUUGACUUUCAUUGCACCCGAGGAACCUUAAAGAAAUCAUUUCUCAAGGUGCAUUGUUUAUGUAAGUGUACACUACAUUAUCCGAUUUACACUAUCUGGAUUAUGGUCAUUAUUACUUGAAUAUCUAUAGGUAUAUGUAUUUUACAUAAAAAUAAACAUUUUUCAUACGUCAUAA